AUGGAAGAGGAGAGUAUUGAUUUAUCUAGAAAAGAGUCUCCGUUUAAUCCGAUUUGUAAAUGUUUUUUGGAACCUGCAAUUUCUGAGGAAGGAAUAAAAAUUUCAUUUCGUAAAGAACAGGUUCUUAACACCGUAGUAAGAACCGAAACAUAUCUCCGUGAGCGCCGAAUUCCAGAACUUAUUCGUUUUCUUCUCACCAAAUUAAUAUCUCAGGCUCCUUCCAAACCAAUCGCUUUUCUUGAAAAGUUGAUUGAUGAGUGCAUGCUCUUUCGAGCAGGACAUGGAUCGGCUCCAGUUUUAUAUGAAUCGAGACACUUAGAAGCGGUAAUUAAAAGCUUUGAUCCAUGUCAACGAGGAUGGUUAAGCACAGGUCAAGUUCGCAGACUUUAUACUACUUUAGGAUUAGUUCCUGAAGAAUUUUUAGAAGAAAGAGUGCCAGUCGACAUCAUUUUCAAAAGCGUAAAAAGUUGCCAAGAGAAAGAGUUAUAUGAUUUACUUGUUGCUGGAACAAACUCGGACAAUAACAGCGAUUAUUUGAAAUCUGAUGAAGUCUGCAUCAUGCACAGUAUUACGAACAAAGAGUAG